GUCGUCAUGGCAACGCGGAGUGAUUGACGGGAGGGUAGCUGCCAGGUGAGUCCUUGGCCAGCGACAGGUGAGUUCCAGGGUGGACUAGACUAGGCCCGGCUCGGCUCAACCAGCAUUAAAUGGAUCUAGAAGUUAAAGGCAUCGGCACAGCAUCAACACGCCAGAAGUCUGCAAAGGGCUGGAGGAUACGUUCAAGUGAUGCUUAUGGCCCUCGUCCUGAUGAUGUACCUGCAUUAGACUUGAGGAGACUUGGUGAUUCAGAUGGUGAGAAUGAUUUAUCUUAUACACCUGUUAUGAAAGAACAUCCUCGCUUAGCGUCUCCGGAUUCUACCUCAACUGUUAGCUGGGGUACGCCCUUCCCAGCUCCUUUUCCCCAUCGUCGCACCUAUCAUGAGCCAUGUCCAGUAGAAGAGUUGACUAUACCCGAGAACCUGCCUGUACCUUCGGAGAGUUACAAGCUGAAAUAUCAACAGUACAAGGAGGAAAUGAAGAUGAAAUACAAGGAACAUACCCAACAAAUAACCCAGUGGGGCACAUCAAGCUCUUCAGGUCGACAGCCAACACCAGCUAUUCUCCAGAUGCAGGAAUCUCCAGUUGGCCACGUGGCUCCUGAAAGCCUGACUUCUCUUGAUGAGAAAGCAGCCCUACAGCAAUGUUACACCAGCAAGCCAUUUUCCAUGGGGCAAAGUAUGAGGAAGUUGGAAGCAGACGACCUUGCUGCAGAGAAGAGAAAACAGGCAGUAGUAGAACAAGUGUUGGUGGAUCAGCUUUCCAGGGCAGUCAUCAGUGACCCUGGACAAGAUGUAGGCACCACCGAUCUGAGUCAGCAGCAAACUAUUCUUCCUGGUCUUGGCUCUGCACCCCUGCGCUUUAAAAGUAGAAAAUUACAUCAAACGAGGGUAAAAACAAGUUCAACAUUGACAGAAAAUGUGCUGUCAAACAAGCUGCACUUUGAUGCCCGGAUUAUUUCAAGGAAUGGACGGGAUGCGUGCAGAGAACUAAUUGGUUUCUUCUUUGCAUUUGACAAGUCUGUUACAGUAUAUGAACAUCGUCACUUUGGGAAAAACAGGACAAAAGCAUUGCCAUUCAUUCAAAGGGGCAUUUACUGUCAUCAGCAUGGUAGGCGAAAGAGAAGACAGUAUGAUGUUGGAGAUUUCAAUGUGGGUACAAAUCUAACCUUCCUGACUUCACAGCAUGUUGGUCUUCCAGCAAGUAUCCAAGAGAAACGGUUAUUAAUUUUACGGAUCAUUGAAAUUGAUGAAAUUGCAAAGCACUCAUUGCUAACUGGCAGCAAUCCAGCUUUCACUCAACAAGAGAUUGAUGACAGAAAUACCAUUCUAUCUGUGCAAGGACUGAUGAAGGAAAAGCUUGUGAAGAGAGGGGUUCGCACGAUGACUGGUUUGGUGAAAUUUUUUCACCGGCAUGAACAGUGUGGAGGUGGUUCGCUGUCGAAAGUGGAACUAAAACAGGGUCUGAAGGAGUUCCACUUGGAGCUAGCUGACAAGGACUUUGAGUCUGUAUGGCUUCUACUCGACCAGGAUGGUGAUGGUGAAAUAGAUUAUUACCAGUUUAUUCAAGUCGUCAUUGGAGAAAUGAAUGAGUAUCGUAAAGCGUUCGUUAGGAAAGCCUAUAUGAAGCUCGAUCCAAAUAAAACGGGUAGUGUUUCUGUGAAUGUCAUUAGCAAGUUCUACAAUGGAAGGAAACACCCUAAAGUCUUAUCAGGAGAAUGCUCAGAGCAGCAAAUUCGAACAUCAUUUCUGGACACAUUACAGGAGAACUGCAUCAACUCCGGAGAAGUCACCUACAGUGAAUUUGAAGCUUAUUAUGAGGGGCUCAGCCUUGAAGUUGCAAAUGAUGAAGAUUUCGCUAACAUAAUGAGGAAUUGUUGGGCAUUGUGAGACAGCAGAACUUAAGGCAAAACUGGAACGUUCAUUAUUUCUGUGCAAGCUAUUUUCCAUCAAUGUGCAUUUUACAAAAAUGUGUUAAAGUUUAUUGUUGUGAAGAAUGCCUUGU